AUGCUGUCGACAGGGGCUAAAAUAACCACAUCGUACUGGCGCCGUCCGUCAUCCGACGCGCCUUUGCUGGAAUACUCGACCACUCCAAACGCUCUCGAUAUAGAGAGCAUGGUCAGCCAGGGAUUUGAUCUUUGCCAAGACCUAUGGACGAAAGCAUCCGACAUAAUCAUCAAGUUCGACACUCUGGAUGUUUGGAACGAAGGCAUUACGGAUGGCUCUGCGUUGGUUGGCCCUCAACACACGAUAGUCAUCACUGACUACCUCGAGUUCAUCGGCAUGAUCGAUCACUUCCGAUUUGAUGUGAAGGUGCCGGACACCACGAAUACAUCUGAUCCAGCAACCGUGGCCAGGAUUCAACGGGCCUUUGAUAUCCAAAGAGUAAAUCUAUGUGUCACCUACUACUGUCUGAAGCUAGUGCUGCUCCAGAGAUUCUACGAUGGUGGAGUGGCUGAGCACCUAGGCGUUCCUGGCCGGGCAUACGGGAUUGCGUUGAGAAAGAUCGAUGUCGCUAGUGACAUGGUCCGCAUACUAUCAGAAGCAUCCUUCGAGUCCCUUCAAGUUAAUGGAGAACCUUGCGUGCAAAUGAUUCGACGCAUGGGAACGACUCUACUCAACAUUGUACAAGAGACCGAUAACACAUCCCUGAAGGAGCGUGCGAAGUCAUUGUUCCUCACCCUCUUGGAUGUGCUAUCGAGACUGGAUUCUCGCGUUUCCGAGGAGCUCAACUAUAAUCGCGGCUUCUAG